UAACAUGAGGACCCAAUUAAUUUUGCUCUUCAUGGCCACCCUUGCAUAUGCAGAGCAAGACGCCAUCAACAUCAUGUUUGUAAACGACGAGAUGAACGAGGUCGCGUCCAGGUCAUUCGAGUCGGUGCUUUUGUACAUCAAGCGCAACGGCGAUUUGUCUUUGACGAUCGGAAGAAUUGAUAAUGUCACCAUCAAUGCGACAGACCCGCAAUUUCUACUGGAUACAUUAUGUCAGACAUACGCCGAAAGUGUCAAAGCUGGAGAGCCACCUCACGUUCUGAUAGACGCGACUCUCAGUGGGGACAGUUCGGAGGUGGUCAAAGCCUUCAGCGCUUCCCUGGCUUUGCCCACCGUGUCCGGGUCUUACGGCCAAGAGGGAGAUAUCAGACAAUGGAGGGAUUUGGAUGAAGAGCAGCUGAAAUAUUUGAUCCAAGUGCAACCGCCGGGUUACCUAAUUCCAGAGGCAAUCAGAACAAUCGUGGUUGCCCAAAACCUGAGCAGCGCUGGAAUUCUCUUUGACGACUCUUUCGAAAUGGAUCACAAAUACAAGAGUUUGCUUCAGAAUAUUCCAGCUCGGCACAUCAUCUCACCGCUCAGGUCCAACAUCAAUGAACAGUUGGACCGAUUGCGGCAGGUCGACGUGAACAACUUCUUCAUUUUGGGCCGCCUGAGCACCAUCAAAGACGUCCUAGAGGUGGCCAACGCCGCCGAAAUGUUCACUCGGAAAUACGCCUGGCACGCGUUGACCCAGGACAAUGGUCCUUUGCGGUGUCCUUGUAAUGACGCAACAAUUCUCUAUCUGAAACCAGUGCCAGACACCAGGCUAGCACAAAGAUUGGCUCUGUUGAAGGCAAAAUAUUCGCUGCCUGGUGAUCGCGAGAUUACGGCAGCAUUUUAUUUUGAUUUGGCGCUCCGUGCGUUGUUGGCUGUGAGGUCAAUGAUCGAAAGGAACGAUUGGCCCGUGGACAUGCAGCACACUCUUUGUCCGGACUAUCGAGAGGACCAGCCGAUCCGCAGGACGAACCUGGACCUGCAGAUGGCCUUCCGACAGGUGCAGGAACCAGGGUCGUACGCAAAGAUGCAGAUUGAGCGCAACGGCCGCAGCCACCUGGCGUUUACCCUGCGGCUGGAAAAGGUGUCGGUGGUCGGCGGCAGGGCGCUCGAGGCCGAAGACCUCGGCUCUUGGCCCGCGGGCAUCGAAUCGCAGCUCCUGGUCCGCGAGCCGCGCAGCCUGGCCAACCUCACCUCCGUCACUGUCUACAGGGUCGUCACAGCCAUCCAACCGCCGUUUGUGAUGCACGUGCCUGAGGAAGAGCAGGCUGCUCAGGGUGGGCGAAAGUUCCGUGGCUACUGCAUUGAUCUGCUGGAGGAGAUUCGGCGGAUAAUGGGGUUCGAAUACGAGAUUUAUGAGGCACCUGACCACAAAUUUGGGUCGAUGGACGAGCAAGGCAACUGGGACGGCAUGAUAAAGGAGCUCAAAGAAAAGCGGGCCGACAUAGCGUUGUCUUCUUUGCCAGUGAAUUCAGAACGGGAGACGGUCAUCGAUUUCACUGUGCCGUACUACGAUCUCGUUGGGUACAGCAUUUUGAUGAAGAAACUCAGUUCCCCAACGUCCCUGUUCAAGUUUCUCACUGUUCUUGAAACAGACGUUUGGCUCUGUAUUCUCGCCGCCUAUUUCAUCACAAGUUUGCUGAUGUGGAUUUUUGACCGGUGGAGCCCGUACAGUUAUCAGAACAACCGCGAAAAGUAUAAGAACGACGAGGAGAAGCGCGAGUUCAACUUGCGCGAGUGCCUGUGGUUCUGCAUGACCUCGCUGACCCCUCAGGGCGGCGGCGAGGCUCCGAAGAACCUGUCGGGGCGGCUGGUGGCCGCGACCUGGUGGCUCUUCGGCUUCAUCAUCAUCGCGUCGUACACGGCCAACCUGGCCGCCUUCCUCACCGUCUCCCGUCUGGACACGCCGGUCGAGUCUCUCGCGGACCUUUCGCAACAAUACAAAACCCAGUACGCGCCCCUCAACGGCUCCGACACCAUGAUCUACUUCCAGCGCAUGAUGGGCAUCGAGCAACGAUUCUACGAAAUUUGGAAGGACAUGAGUCUGAACGAUAGCUUGACAAUAAUUGAGAGGGCUAAGCUGGCUGUUUGGGACUAUCCUGUAAGCGACAGAUAUACGAAAAUGUGGCAAGCGAUGUUGGAGGCUGGUUUGCCAAGCACGAUGGAGGAAGCAGUGGAAAGAGUCAAAAUUUCCAAAUCCAGCAGCGAAGGCUUCGCUUUUCUCGGCGACGCCACCGAUAUCAGAUACCAGGUCCUCACCAAUUGCGAUAUGCAAAUGGUUGGAGAGGAGUUUUCGCGAAAGCCGUACGCGAUCGCCGUUCAGCAAGGCUCGCCUCUCAAAGACCAAUUCAACAACGCAAUCUUGCAAUUGCUGAAUAAGAGGAAGUUGGAGAAGCUGAAGGAAAUUUGGUGGAACCAAAAUCCAGAAAAGAAAAUUUGCGACCGGCAAGACGACCAGGCCGACGGCAUUUCAAUCCACAACAUCGGCGGAGUUUUCAUCGUGAUCGCCGCCGGAAUCGUCUUGGCCUGCUUUGCGCUGGCAUUCGAGUUCUGGUGGUACAAGGCAAAGAGACCAGACAUUAAUCUGCCCCAUCAAGAGCCGAUAGAGGUGAAGAGCCGCUCGAAAUUGGGAAUGCCAUCGACCUCUGGAGUGCCCGCGUCCGAUAUUUUGCCACACGGCCUGCGAAGCAGGAUGAUGGCCACCAACGGCCAAUGGUCAUAAAGAUAAAAGAUUUUGACGAUUGGAAAUAGUUUAAAAGUAGAAAAAAUUAAUCAAUUAAACAAAAUGCGUGCAAAAAGGAAUAUGUUGGCGUUUGAUUUUUUAAUUUUGUUCAAAGAAAAGGAGUUAUCUGUAGAGGCCUUUCUCAGGGGCGAAAGUUAAAGAAACUUUUCAACGGCAAAUAAUCAAUAAUAAAUUAAUUAAA